AUGGACCAGCCACAGACAGCGUCGCAGAAGCUUCCUGUCGGCCUAGCGGGCGUGCUCAAUGGGCCCGAGGAACACCGCGACUCUGCCUACUUUUCAAGCACUGAUGCCUCAAGCAAACACAACUCGGCAGCUUCAGGACUCGGUAUGAGCGUCCUCCAUCCGGUCAGCGCGGCCUACCAGGGCUCGCCUUCUGACAAGACGCCCUCGCCCACGACGACGACCAAUCUACUUCCCCAGCCGCUCGUCUCCCCUUCCACCAGCAACAUGAGCGUCGCCUCCAUGGUCUCGCCCACGUCACCCGGCAGUGACGCCCGCCGCUUCGAGCGGCCCCUGUCCCUCGAUUCCGCCCCUCACAGCGCCACCCUGACCGUUGGCGACCACGAGCCUGUCUCUCGGAGGGAGAGCGUUGAUAGCAGGAUAAAUCAAGGCUUCGGCGAGAUGCGGCUCGGCAAUUCACCUUAUACCAGUCACAACCAGUCGAGCACGUCGAUCCACAACACCCUACACCACCAGCGCAAUCCCCGGCCCGGGCUGGAAAACCUGGCGGUGCAUCGCAUCUCCAAUGGCUACCAGCCGAGUGCCGAGCGGAACCCGGACGUUCACUCGAAGCUGAUCAGGACGGCACCCGCCAUCACAGGUCCCGCCACGAGCCAGAUUGCCCGAGCUGCCGAGCCCACUAAGGGCCAGGCCUGGGCCUUCCCCGAGGAGGAGAUACAGCGCAUGCCCUCCUCAACCUCGCUCAUCGAUUCGAGGCGCAGCAGCAUCGCCGAGUCUCUGGCCAGCAGCCAGUUCACGACCGAGUCCAGGCUGCCACCAGGGCAACGACGUCUGGACGAGGGCAUCCACAGCGGCGAGUUCCCGCGCAUGUCGACAGCCUCGGCAGACUACCCGACGACCCAUCACCAUGCUCUCCAACACAAGCAGCUUGGUGAUAUCCAGGCAGAGGUGGCCAACUCGGUCACGGGUACGCAGCCCUACAGCCGGACGCCCGAGUUGCGAGUGAGCCACAAGCUGGCCGAGAGGAAGCGGAGGACAGAGAUGAAGGAGUUGUUUGAGCAGUUGCGGGACCUGAUGCCCCAGGAGAGGGGCUCCAAGGCGUCUAAAUGGGAGAUCUUGACCAAAGCCAUCUCGGAGCAUCAGCGGCAACAGGACAACCUGAGAGUCAUGUCUCAGCACUGUACGGCUUUUCAGUCUGAGAUCGACAUGAUGCGGCGGGAACUCCAGGGUCUACGAGUCGAGAACCAGCAACUACGGAGCGACCUGUCCCAGCUCUCGGCUGGUCAGGCCGGAGCCCACGCCACUCCGGCACAGUCCAUUGCUGACCCCUACGCCAGGCCCGCACCCAACCGGCCAGAGCUGCCACCCCUGCGCGCGUUGAGUGGAGGGCUGCCCAAUGGCAACCCAGAAUCGAUGACCGGGGUCCAGUACGAGCAGCCCCGGGUCAAUGGGUACAGCAGACCACCGGAGAGGUUUUAA